AUGGCACUCUUCGCCACCAAUGGCAUGUUCAUCAUUGAUGAAAUUCAUGCCGGCACAGACAGUUUCUACAACAUCGUUGGAGGCGGAGGCACCUUUGCCGUGCUAGGAGCAUGUAUCGUCGGUUUUAGCCCAGAGAUCGCAAAACAGUUGCGUUGGAUUGUUGACCGAGGAUCAGACUUCCCUGAAUCCAUAACAAGACAAAUCGAUAGCUGGGGUACGGGAGUGGUAUACAGAGACGAUUUGUCAAGAUUGACAACGAGAGCUUGGAACCUCUAUGGAGAGAACGAUCUUAGGAAGUUCAAGUAUCUCUCGAAAAAAAAACGGAUUGAAGUGGAGGACUGGAUUCACGAAUUCGGAUCGCAGGAGGUGCGGGACAUUCCUAUACUACACUUACUGUGUGACCAUGAUAGAGUCUCUUCAAUAUUGAAUGAACUUCACAAACCUACAGAUUCGAAUCGAAAUAAGGUUUUCAUCUGGGAACCCAUUCCAGACUUGUGCAAUGCGGCAAAUGCAAACCAGAUUCAAGAAGUUGUCAAUCGCAGAGAACGCAUCAUCAUCUCUCCAAAUGCAGAAGAAGGAGCCCGUCUCUUUGGUCUUGAAGAGCCAGUGUCUUUGCAAGACAGCAUAAAACUACUGAAAAGAUUUGACCAUUUUGUCUCUGAUCAAAAUCCCCUGUGUGCCUUGAGAUGUGGGAAGCUGGGCUCUUUAGCUCUAAGUUCAAGGUCGCAAGAAGGGCACCGGCAAAUAAUUCAUUUACCGGCAUACCACAUGAACUCUCCUGAAAAGGUCAUCGAUCCGACCGGCGGUGGAAAUAGCUUUCUUGGUGGGUUCUCGCUAGGGUUUCUGCUAUCCCAAGGCGAUCUUGCAAUUGCCAGCAUGUGUGGCAAUAUCGCUGCUGGUGCGAUUAUAGAGCAAUUGGGCGUCCCGCAGCGCCAUGGUCUAAAAUGGAACGGACUAACUUUUGAACAGCGUUUAAGCAAUUACAUCAAACUACACAACCUUCCGUAUUCUACGGUGUCAGUAAUGGGAAAUCUGACAACAACGAUGGAAAGGCAUCGGUAA